AUGGGCACAUCCUUCCGGCGCCAACAGCCCGAGUUUGUCAUUCUACACUACAGGUUUGUCGCAUACGAAUUUGUCAUUCUUCACUACAGCCCAUUUAAGGCGGUGUGGGACUGGAUAGUACUGGUUUUAGUCUUGUACACGGCGGUGUUUACACCCUACCAGACCGCGUUUCUUCUAAACGAAGAAGACGCCACAAUGCGGCGAAACCGUGAUUCCGGAACGCGCACGGAAAGUCCCGAGUCUUCCCGAGCGAACCCACUCGUGAUCAUUGACUUGAUUGUCGACUUGAUGUUUAUAGCGGACAUUUUUAUCAACUUCCGGACCUCGUAUCUUCACAAUGGCGAGGUGGUGAUGAAUCAGAAGCGUAUAGCAAUCAACUACCUCAAGGGCUGGUUCGUCAUUGACACCAUUGCCGCUCUUCCUUUCGAUCUGCUGCUCUUUGGGUCCGGCACAAGUGACAAUGUUGGAACAUUGAGGCAUUGUUAG